AUGGAUCAUGAAAUGAGCUGUUUCGAAAUAUCGAUUUUCAAGUCCCAUAGGGAACGAUAUACGACCGAACUGUCAAACAUUAGAAAAAAAUGGGCAAUAAGAAAUAAAAUCCCAAAAAAUUCUAGAGAUGAACCCACAGAACCCAUCUCGGUUUUUCUCAGUGGAAACUAUCAAUAUGGUGCGGAAUGCACAGGAACAUGUCUUGGAACAAAAUGUCAAUCAAACAAAUCAAACACAAGCAUCCAAGGAAGAAUUAAUAAAAAUUAUGAUGGGACGAAUAAAGAAGCGAGAAGAGGAAAUCGCGCAGAAAGAGGAAGAAAUAGAAAAAUACAAGGCACGCGUUCAAAAAUUGAUUGGGGCACAAGGAAUAUUCAAGACUCUAGAAGAGCCAGACUGAGGAGGGAAGAAAGAAAAAGAAAAUAAAAAUAAAAGGGAGAAGAAGAAAAAGAAAAUAAUUUUUAAAUUCAGGGGGAGUGUCGCAGAAUGACAAAGUAUUCUGCUUUUGUAUU